CUUCCGGUAUGAUGCGCUGAACAGGGACCAAAGAACAUAACUGCAGGGCGUUGCUUCAGAAGCGGCGAGGGAGACGCUUGAGGAACGGAAAGCACAAAGCAGUUUAGGACUUUAACAGGAAAUUUAUUUUUAUUUAUUUUUUUUUGGAAACGGAUCAUCAUAUUUAUCGGAAAGUACAGGCGGUUGAGCACGACUGCUCCGUGAAUGGAUUGGAGGUGUGUUUUGAAAAACGUGACCACAAUGUCUCAAGUGACCCUUUUGGAUGAGGUCUCUCAGUGGAACCAGGAGACCUGUCAACAAGAACUCAAAACGGUCCUGCCCAAACUAGUUGCCAUGCAUCAUGACACUGACAGCUGGGAAGAGCACACAAAUAUUCUUCAAAUAAUCACAAGCAGGUUCCUCCCUCAUCUUUCUUCAUCAGAAUUAGAGAUGGGAUGUUUCUCCACGGUCUUACCCAAGGUGGUAAAAGUGUUUGCCAGUCUUUUGGAAGAAAUCAGCAAGCAAAUUGGAGGCCUUUCUAGUCAGAACACAGAGCUACAUGUGUUAUUGAGAAAUAUCUUGAAGAUGAUGGUCCAGACCCUGGAGUCUCUCUCUGGCUGUGUGCGUCAUGUCUGUUCCUUCGAAGAGUCUGUCUCCUUUGAUGCCAUUCGCUCUCUGCCCUCCUGCAUCCUCAGAGUCCUAAAGGACACCUUCCAGCACUGCAAGGACAGUGAGGUCAUGUACAGUGGAAGGCUGUCAUUGGUGGGCGAUCUGCUUCAGGGCCUGUUUAAAGAGGCCUAUUCUUUGCAGAAGGGCCUGAUGGAACUCAUGGACAAAAUUAACUUGGAGGACACUGCUUCUGAGGAGGAAGUGUCGGAUAUUGUCACAGUAAUUCACAGUCUGCUGGACAUAUGCUCGAUCAUAUCCAGAUUGGACAUUGCGCUACAUGCCAACACAUGGAAAUUUAUCAUAAAACAGAGCGUGAAAUACCAGUCUUUUGUAGAAGAUCGGCUUCACCACACUGACAUAGCCUUCUCGUUGUGUGAAGACCUAUAUACAUCUGUCCAAAACUGUCUUGAGCUGGCCCAACAGAUUCAACAGGCAGGCCUACAGGAAAUUGUGCACUGUCCAGAAUACAAGCUUUUCCAAAAAGCAACAAAGAUGUCAAGUUCCCUCCCUCUGUGUGUGCCCCGUCUGUGCCCUCUGCCCUCAGUGAGGAGUUGA